AUGACCGUGGAAUAUCAAUGCGACCUGGGCUACUCUGGUCGACCGUUGGGAGACCUGGCUGAUCUCCGGGACGAGCUUGGGCGAAGGGGAGCACCGGCCUCGCUCACUCAGGCCAACGAGCCUAGGCCUGCUCCCAAGGCAGCGACAGGGGAGACAGGAGGUGACGCCACCACCUCCUCUCCCAAAAAGGCAGAGCCGGAACCGGCUGGGGCCACUGCCAAGGGGAAGCCGUGCGAGCCUCCCAAGGAGCUACAUCCAGAUCGUCCAGAGGAGGUCAAGAAAGAGGCACCAGCUGAGUUAGAAGAGAGGCCGCCAGCAGAACCAGAGGGAAGACCGCCAGCAGAGCCAGCCUCGUCAUCCAGAGGAGUAGAAGAAGCCGCAGUCGACGCAGGUCCAGAAGGGCUUCAUCCAGAGAGAGGGGAGGCACCAGGUCUCCCAGAGGUUGCCAUCGAGACCGCCGAGAACGCAAAAGAAGAGGAGAGACAGGCGCCGCUGAAGGGAGAGAUGCCUCCCAAGAGGGCGCUCAGAAGACCAGCCGCCCGAGUCCGUGGCAUCAGACGCCCUGCGGCGCUUGCAGCUGCUGAGGUCGAGAGGGCUGCAGAUGAGCAGGGCCGGGCGCUGCAUAGCCUUACCCUUCAGGAGCUCCAGGGUUUGGGUGCGGUGUAUCUUUCAGAUGCCCGAUACUAUGGCAGACUGGUCCAGGUUGCAGGAAGGAUGAAUGGCACGCGUCUUGAGGAGGGGCAGAUGUUUGCUGAGCUGGCCGUCACAGGGACGAAGGAUGAUGAGCUGUUGCGGGUGCUCAGCGGCACUCCUGACAAGCUGCUGAGUAUCCACCUAUGCCCUGAAGACUGUGCCGGGAGCUUGACGGAUCCCCUGUUGAUCCAUGGAAGGACGGUGCAACAAGUGGACUUGAAGCGGUUGCCAUGGCUCACCAAUUUGGUGGCUGUAGAACCAGUGCCUGAGAGGGAGCCUGAUGAUAUGGCGAAGCUGAGGGAACUACAAGACAAAGCCCGUGCCGACGCAGAGGUGGACAAGAAGAAGGCGGCCAAGAAGGAGAAGAAGAAGCGCAGAGGUGAUGAAGCAGGUGCUGGUGAAGGGAGGGGUCUGAGACCUCCCAAAAGGCAGCAAGGCGAUUUAGAGACAGGCCAGAAAGCGCUGGAGGAUGUGUACUCCAGCACGGGGCUGGACCCUGACCCUGUGAGGAGAAAGAAGGUCCUGAAGCGAGCCAAGCGUUUGGGCAAGUCCAAGAAGAAAAAGAAAAAGAAAAGCUCUUCCAGCACGGAGGGGGCUGAGAGCACAUCUUCGAGCAGCACAAGUACCACUUCAGGGGGUGAGUCAGGUUUGUUUGGCGAGGACACCAAGCUGGCCAAGAUCUGGAAGCGGUGCCCAGGAGCUCUCACGGCUGGGGGUGUGCGUGAAGCACGUCAAGGUCUCCUCAACCAGACGGGGACCUUGUGGAACGUGCACCAGGUGGAAGUCCCAGCUAUUUUCACUCAAUAUUGCCGUCAGCAGGUGGUCCAGCCACACGCAAUUUCGCCGGCGAUGUCACAGGAAUUGAUGACGCUGGCGCAUGCCGUGGACUACUUGCUCAUGGGAAAAAUAGCUGGUGCAGCUGACAUUUUGUGUCAGCGUAUCAAAUCCCUUGAGGCGGUGGCCAAGGGCUCCCAUUGGUCCACGGGACGACAGCUCGAAUUGGUUCGCCAUGACCAGUACUCCAUUGCUGAAGGUAGUGAAGCCUUGGGGGCAGCCCGAAGAGCGCGGGAAGAAGAACGCCUGAAGAACCUGCUGUCCAAGGAGGCAAAGGCAGAGGAGCCGAGCAGCGGGGGCGAGAUGACGCCAAGAAUGCCGGGAGGAAGUAGUGAGGAGAGAAGGGAGGCAGGCCUCCCAAGGGCAGAACCUAGCAGCAGACCGCAGAAGAGGGCCUUGGCUGAUGCGGAAGUGAUGGCAAUGGCGUCCCCUGAUGAGGAUGCAGCGGCAGGUGUGGUGACUAUGGGUGGCGACAAUGCUGGCAGCGAGUGGCGAUCUGGCGAUGAUUGUAUCACCCUUGGCGAUGUUGAGGCUCUGAUUGAGCAAGCCCAACAUGAUGCUGAGGCAGCACAGGGGAUGGCCCCAUCUGUGGCGGGUGGGGCCUCCCAAACUACAUCUUUGAAUUCGACGAAGGCGAGUCAGGGGAGUUUGAGCGGUGUGCAAGCUCACUCCCAAAAUCUGAGGGGUGCAGUUCAGAGAGCGAUCGACGCCUUCUUUAGUGGGCCUGAAGCGGUCUGCAAGGUAGGCGAUGUGGGCCCGUUGCUUUGGGAUGUUCUGAUGCUCCUUGAAGAAAACGGAUGUUGCAGACCUCGGACCAAGGCAGGAGGAAGAGACAUCUUCCCACUACCUGUCUCAGGACAUCCUAUUGUAGCGGCCCAAGGCUCGGAGUUUUUGAGAGUAGUGGCUGCGUGCCUCAACAGUAUGCACGGGGUCCAAAACUCAGACAGAGGCCGGCCGUCCUCCAUACGAGCCAUGAAAAGAUUGCGGUCGAUUUUGGAGACGUCCUCAAUCCUCAGGGAGCCCUUAGUUAAAGUUGACUUUUCCACUCUGUUCACAGUGAAAGGGGUUGAUUACCGAGGGGAAGAAAUCCGGUUGGCUCGGAAAGUGGUUUGGGAAAGUAUUGAAGCGUCACUUCCUGCUCAUGUGGGUGAAUUCGAUUUACGUGACUUCUGUGAAGGUGGCGUUUUGCACUAUGUGGCCCAUUUUGAGAACUACCUUCUUCCUGUUUCUGACCAACUUAUUGGCAAGCCCCCCCGAGUUUUUGUGGAUGAUGAUUCAUGGGAAUCCUUGGCAAGAGGUCUUCUUGAUCGGGGCAUUUGUGUGCGUCGGAAACUAUCGGAACUACAUCAUGUUGGUUUAUCCCCGCUGGUCAAUGGUUUAUUCUCGGUUAGCAAAGAGGAAUUUCAGGGACCCAUUGAAUUGUGUCGCUUGAUCAUGAACCUCAAGCCACUGAACCAGCUGACACGACCACUUGAAGGUGAUACUUGUACUUUGCCUAUGGUAACCCAGAUGGCUGCCCUUUAUUUGGAUGAUGGGGAACUCCUAUCCACUUCCUCUGAGGACUUGCGCUGCUACUUCUACUUGUUUGCGAUCCCGGAGGCCUGGUACAAGUACUUGGGGUUUGGAAAGGUCCUCCCAAGUAGGAUGAUACCAGUAGAGGAGCGUUCUGAGGAGUGGGUAUUGUGUAGUCGGGUUUUACCUAUGGGGUUUUUAAAUAGUGUGGCCAUUGCACAACAUAUUCACCGUAACGUCGUGCGGAAGUGCCUGGGGUCGCUUUACCCGCCCGUGGGGGCUGAGGGUGAAUUGCGGCGUGACAGGGCCUUUAGUCAAAAAGGGGAACUUUUUCGGGUUUAUUUAGACAACUUUGAUGAGCUCCGGAAGCUUGACAAGCGCACCUAUGAGUUAGUCAGUGGGACCCCUUCAGCCAAUGUAGUGGCAUUACGGGAGGCCUAUCAAAAGGCUGGCCUCCCAACUCACCCCAAGAAGUCAGUGCAGCAGAAAGCUGCUGCGGAAGUUCAAGGAGCUUGGAUCGAUGGGGAUUUGGGUACCAUGUCAGCUAAGCCAAGUAAGGUGGCAAAGUAUGUUGCCUUGACGCUGGAAGCCCUCCGUUUAGGGAAGGCCAGUCAAAAGGAGCUCCAAGUGAUUGGGGGCGGCCUGGUUUACAUUGCCAUGUUUAAGCGUCCGCUGCUAGCGGCCUUAAACCAGAUCUGGCAGGCCAUUGUGAGCCUCGAAGGGGCUCCACGGGGCCAGCGUUUUCCCUUGCGGAGGGAGGUGAUGGCAGAACUGGUUCGGUUCCUGGGCUUGGUGCCCCUGGCAGUGAUGGACUUUAGGCAGGGCUUCGACAGUGUGGUCACUGCCAGUGACGCCUCCAUGACAGGAGGGGGAUUUUGCAUGUCGCAUGGACUUACUCCCUAUGGGGUGUGUGCGGCGCUCAGCUCGGUUAGGGGUGAUAUCCCUGAACAACACGACUUCUGUCAAGUUCUUUCCAUCGGCCUGUUUGACGGGAUAGCGGCCCUUCGGGUGGCGCUUGACGUUUUGCAGGCGCCGGUAGCCGGGCACAUCUCGGUGGAAUCCAAUGACAAGGCCCGCAGAGUCAUGGAAGCCAAUUUCCCGGAUGCUCUGGUGGUCGAUGAUGUCCAAUCGGUGGACGACGCCAUGGUACUGGAGUGGAGCCUUAAAUUCAGUAAUGCUGGGCUUGUCCUGGUGGGAGCUGGACCUCCCUGCCAGGGAGUAUCAGGCUUGAAUGCCGACCGUAAGGGGGCAUUGCGGGAUAUGAGGAGUUGCCUUUUCACCCAUGUACCCAGGAUUACGGCGUUGUGCAAGAAGCAUUUUCCGUGGGCCCAGGUGAAGGCGCUGGCGGAGAAUGUAGCUUCUAUGGACUUCAAGGAUUGUCAGGUAAUGAACGAGGCCUAUGACAUGGAGCCCUGGUUCAUUGACGCAGCUGGCAUUGGGCUGGCCCACAGACCAAGACUCUACUGGGUGGACUGGGAGCUUCGCAACAGUGAAGGUGCGCUACUGGUUUGGGGCUCAGAUGGCCGGUUGCCUGUCCAAGGGGAGGUGCAACUGUCCUCCCAUGUUGAAGCAUCGGCGUUCUUGGAGCCCGGUGGCACAUUGAUGGGUGAUAAGCUGCCAACAUUUACAACAUCGAGGCCUUCUCCGGUCCCGAUGAGGAAACCUGCGGGGCUUAAAAGCUGCCAGGCACAUGAAGUUGACAGGUGGAGGCAAGACCGACACAGAUUUCCCCCGUACCAGUACAAGGAUGCCAACUGCAUAUGGCACAGAGGGGAGGCUAGGCCUCCUAACGUGCGAGAACGGGAGGCCAUAUUGGGUUUUCCCAUUGGUUACACCUCCCAAUGCCUGCGUAAAGCAGAGCAGGGUACUUUGGAGCAUGAAGAUUGCCGGCUUAGUUUGCUUGGAAAUUCUUGGAAUGUGGUUGUGGUGGCAUGGCUUGUCAGCCAAUUGUUGGCACCAUUGGGGCUGAUAGAGCCGAUUGCCUUAGCAGAGCUUGUAGGUCGCCUCACUCCAGGUAAGGGAGGUUCCCUCCCAGCUUUGCUGACAAGACCUCCUUUUGGGCACACGACAACUACUCUUCCUCUGAGCACCGUGCUGGUACAGAAGUUGGCGGGCCUCACCUCCCUGAAGGGCGAAGACAUCAUGAUCCAGUCAGGUACAGAAAUUCCAGUGCGUUAUCAUCGCCUUCGGGCGAGCAUACCAGGGUCAUUGUGGAGAUGGCGAAUAGUGUCUGGGUGGCAGUGGACAGGCAGUCCCGAGCACAUCAAUGUGCUUGAAGCGCGGGCAUGCUUGACUACCUUGAAGUGGAGAGCCGCCCAAUUGAAGCAACAGGAUACCCGCUUCGUGCACUUGGUGGACAGUUUAGUAGUGCUCCACUGCCUCACUAGGGGCAGGAUCACUGGAAAGCUUCUUCAAUUAUCUGGCACGGGCCUUACCCUCCCAAAGCAGAGAGAUACGAUGGAUGGCUUGGUUAGCGACUACAUCGAGUUUCUCUGGAGUGAGGGAGAAGGGAGAGCAGAGGCCAGUAAUGUUUUAGCAGCAUUGCAGGACGCUGAUCCCAAGUUAAAAGGAUGUCUCCCAGGAUGCUGGAGAUUGCUUUGCACUUGGAAUGCAAAUGAGGUGCCGCAACGGGCCCCUCCACUCAGUGAAUCAGUCUUGACAGCUAUGGUUGACUGGGCUGUCAUGCACGAGCAUUAUGAGUUUGGCCUGAGCUUACUGGUAGCAUUUCAUGGCCUUCUCCGUACCGGAGAGUUGUUGGGAAUCCAGGCAUGGCAAGUCAACAUUACAGGCAGUUUCUCUCCAGCUGUUAUCAGCCUUGGCCUGACGAAGUCUGGCAAGUCGGCCACCUGUGGGCCAGAUGGCCAGUGGCAGUUCAUGGGAGACGAGAGGUGUGAACACUCAUUUGCCAUGGCGCGCUCGUACCCUAUGGACUGGAGCUUGCUGGACCAAGGAUUUGAAAGCUACUCCAUCAUGGAUGCCAAACUGAUUUCGCAGUACCCUGAGGCUUCAGCUGCCAGCCAUUUUCGUCCCUCGGUGACGGCAAAAGCUCGGCUGACCCGAGAUCAAGUUCAUAUUCCUGAACUUGAAUGUUUGCAUGUGGUUCCAACUAUUGAACAUUUGAUUCCACGUAUUCUGCCAUGGGAUAGUGAUGAUGAGAAGGCCCUCCAACUCACGGCACUCAACGGAAUGGAUCCGACAUUAGACUUUGGACUGAACCCACGUUUGACCUUAUCAGCCGUUGGGCAGCUUGCAAGCCCACUGCAGGUGAUGUGGGUCAUGGCAGCAAUUUUGACUUGCCUCAAUGAGUUGCGUUAUGGCAAAGUGGAUUUUUCUGCUGAGACCCAACUCCAAGCAUACAUGUCUUGGCUUGUCAUGAAAUGCAACCAAGUUUGGCCUCCGACAGAGGAUGAUGCACGUAUUGCCAAGUUCACUUCCCUUUUGCAUUGUUGGAAAGGUGUUGACCAUUUGUCGUUGGAAGAAUUAAUGUUCCCACAUCGAUGGACAACAAAGAUUGAUGGCCAUGUGACCAUUGCUGCCAUUUUGGAUCUCCUUUUCCGUGAGAACCCUCUCCUGUUGGAGAAAUCGUUACCUGACCAGGAAGCAGCAGAUCAGCAAAUGCAAGAGCUUGAAACGCCUUGGAUGGAAUUUCCAAGCCCGCAUUUGGUAUCUGACUCAUGCCCUGACCUUGAUGCUGCGUUUUGCACAGUGAUUUUUGAUGAUGAUUUUCAUGCACCGGUGAAACUGAACCCUCUCGCUGGUUCCACUGUUCAAGAAUUGCUUGAUGCACAUGCGAAGCUGGUAGGAUCAAAUGGUCACCCUUUGUCCCCGUCCCAUUGUCUUUCGGUUGGUGAGAUGAUUUUUGUGCAUUUGGAACAGCCUGUCAUGCAACAUGUCACAUCAGUUUCGCUGACUAAGUCAACAGAAACUGUCCAGUCUACCUGCCUUGAUCCAGACGUUUCACCUACUGCUGCAUGGACACAGCCGAUUGUUGAGCACAGCCGAAAGCCUUCCGUUUAUGACAUUGGGGAAUGCACGAUUGCACAGAUGAGUGACCAGCCAGAAUGGCUCAAUGCUGAGCCGUUGAAGGGUUUGAAAGGUGAACAAUUUUUCAUGCUGUCAACACCGCACAUUGUGACACCACAGCAAUUGUGGUCAGUGAGAAAUCAGUUUUUGAAAGUCCAAGACAGACUUGCCAUCCUGCAGAAUCAAGGAACAAUCACUUCCGAUGAUGAAAUCAGAUUUCACUUGUUUGCCUUGACACAGAAAUACAUGGAAGCCCAAGUUCACUUUUCAAAAGACCCCGUGAAGAACCUGGUCACCAUUGACCCGCUCAUUGCUUCUGCAUGGCUCAAAGACCAGGCCUUUUCAUGUGAAGAUUGGGGAAAAGACCAUGGAUUUAUUCAUGCUCAAUCUCUGCCUGUUGCCACGGUGUUCAAGUUGGGAUCACACUGGGUACCAGUUUUCAUGCAACCUAUGGGGGAUCAGUUGAACGUGUUCGUUUGGGAUGCUGAUGGAAUUGACCACAUUCCUUUGAACUCAGUCAUUGAGAGAAUUGGACUGGCGGUAGGCUUUGUUACAGUUUGUACCCAGCGUGAUCGCCGCAUGUUCUUCACAUCUGACCUCUGUGGGACACUGGCCAUAGCGUACCUGCACAGCAUGUUGCUUCAGGUUCAACUGCCGGCCAGUCAAGCAGAAACAGAACAAAGAUUUUUGUUGUAUCGAGGUGAAUUUGUCAAGUCUUUCUCAUCAUGUGACAUCACCAGGAUUCACAUUUCGAAAGAUUUGCAUGCGCUUGAAACGAACUUGGACGAAUUCAUUGCUGGCACCAGCAGUCGGCUAUUCCAAGUUGCAUUGGUCAGGAAUCAUUGGAUCCCGAUUCUUGGAGUUCGGACACCGAAUGUUGUUCGUUUGUUUGUCCCUUGCGAUUCUGAGCAGGAUAUUUUCGCUGCCAUUCCCAAGGUUUCUGAGGUGGUCCUCCACCGGGUUGCUGAUGGCCCUUCGCAGAUGUUGUGUGGUGCUCACUCGAUUUAUGUGAUUGCAGGCCUGCUUGGACUCCUUGAAAUCAACACAUGCCAGGAAACCCUUGAAAGUUUUCAUUGCCAGUUGAAGACUGAUUUUUUGAUUGGCGGAUCAUGUUUCAAUUUGACUGGUUGUGUCGGCUUUGGUCCUAAUGGAACUUUGUUGAAAGAUCUGAUUCCUGAACUUGCGCAGCAUGGAGUCCCACCUCACCUUGCGGAGUCCCGCGCAAAUGAUGCAAUCCGUGUGAUUGGUAGUGAACAGCUUUUGACUGCGAUGAAACAACGCCAACCGUGGCGUCAGUUGAAAACCUUGGGUAAUCAAAAGAAAUUCAAGUUUGUUUUGCCCUCUGAGCUUGCACAAGUUGUUGAGAAUAAGGCAACCCAACCAGGUGGCAAAGGAAAAGGUAAACAGUCAGGUAAGACCCAGGCACCCAUGGACCUUGAUCCAGGGAAGUUACAGCUGGUGGAUGGCAUCUUUCGUGCUCAUGGACGUGUGAUCCCUCAAAUCCAUGUCAAACAAAUUGGACCAGUGAGCUCUGGUGUCAUCCUGAUGACACUGGCAGAAGCUGAACCGUACCUCCGAACUGCUCAGUGUGUGUCAUCAGAACCGCUUGCCCUUGCCAUUUUGCACAGGCCAGAUGUUUUUGUUACCACUGCGUUGCCACACAAGUUGAUCACGGUACCUUGUCGAUGCACAGUAGAUAAGGAGCCUGUCCUUGCCGAUGCAACUCUUGUUCAGAUUGGCCAAGGGAUCAUUGAAAAGCAUCAAGGUGCUGACCUGGUUGAGCUCGAGACCCUGGAUGUUGUGACGGUGAAAUACCUGGUUUACCGUGAUGAAAUCCCAUGUUCCUGGGAGGAGUUUUGCAAAGCUCCUAUCAAGUUUCUUGUCAAUGCUGUCCCACUCCUGCGGAGAUGCCAAGACGCAGGAUGCACUUGUGAGAUGUGGCACAACCCUGAAAAUUUGGGUAUCAAGGAACCCAUUUUGGAUGUCUGGAGGAGGCAGUUUCUUCGGAUUGGAUUCAAACCUGCACCAAUGGAGAAAGCGGACAUUUUUUCCGUCUGUUUGCGAGUCCCAUCGCAGAUCCUUGAAGGUCUUUUGGGAGUGAGCGGCACAGCUGGUGCCUAUGGAGAACCUCGUACUGCAGAUGGAACCGAAAUCCUUUCUGAAUACACUGUUGUAUGGUCGCCGAAAAUGAAUGUACAGGAACUCUUGCACCUCAAACAAACUAACCCAGCAAUUAUCGGUAUUGCGAGAGUUGGUGACAGAAGGGGAGUCCGAGUUCACUCUGCUCAGGCAUCUGUCAUUCACAAGUUGCUGAAACCAGAUACGGUAUAUCUUCCACAGGGCCAGAGGGCUUUGUUUUUGGUAGGCCCCUUUCCAUUCGGAAUUGACCGACAUGCAAUCGGAAAGGCGAUGAAGCAGGCUGGAUGGGAAUGUCGUCCACUUCAACCUUCGAUCCCAAUGCCAGGCAAAGGCUCUAUGUGGAUUGUUCAAGCGGUUGAGGUUCCCUCGAACACAAUCAUCCCGACAUCUCAUGGUGAAGUGGUGAUCACACGUCAUAAGCCUGAGCCUAUUGGUAAGACCCCAGUGCAAGCUCCAGUUGCCUCUGCGGCUACACUUGCGUUGUGUGGUGCACAUGCUGACAAGACGGCAAUGGAUCAAGAUCCGUGGACCACCAAAGACCCAUGGGGUGGCUUCAAGCCAAGUACGUCGGCUCACACGGACAACACUGAAAGUCUGCAGCAGCUUGAGCGACGAGUUCAGGAUGCAGUCCUGGCUAAGUUACCUGCACCGGCCAUGGAAGAUGAUAUGCCAGAGCGCAUGAGUUUCUUGGAAGGUUUGUGGCUGGAGAUUGGAACAUUUCUCCAAAUAGCCUUCCAGUUUUUGACCUGCUCCACAAUUUUGGUUUCCGUGAUGUCCAAGAAGUUGCUUGGGAAAGGCACAUUGGAUGAACGGUAUGCAAUGGUUUGGAAACACAUUGAGCAACGUGCAGUGGAGGCUACCAAAAUUUUUGAAUCUGUUGCAUUGGCUGUGAGAGAUUUUGAAGCCCAGCUCAAGAAGUCAUCCCGCUCGUAUGCCAAAUUGCGUAGAGAACGUAACCCAAACAUGAUCUUUCAGGACAUCAAAACUCAGCCGGAUAGAGGCAUUGAUUUGCUGUUGCGGCCGCGUGAAGCUGUUGUCCAGGAAGUCCGAACUGAUGACUCUGCCCUGGUUUUGGACCGCUCGCUUGAUAUCCAACCUGACCAUCCUGUUGUCUGCAAUGGUGUUCCAGUAGAUAUUAUUCAUGCUGAAGACGAUUGCUUGUGGGUGGAAGAUUUGGCUCAAAUUCAGGUGGGAGAUUCAGUCACACAACUGCAACGGCAGGGUCUUGAAGCUGACAUUGGACAGGCCUUCAUUGAUGCUUGGAAGGAAAAAUGGGGACGGCAUGCUGAUGUCCCGGCCGAAAGGUGGAAACCUAUCUUGGACUUUGCCAGAGCCAAGUUGCCUCAAGUCUCCAUGACAUGGCCUCAGCUUGACCCUGCCUCUUUGCGUGAAACAAUUGCUCAAAAGAAAACUGCUACCUCACAUGGUUUGGAUGGAGUGACUCUCCGUGAUUUGAAAGCACUCCCGUUGAAUGCUCUCCAGAAUUUCUGUGAUAUGUUCAGUUGGGCGGAGGCCUUUUUGGUUCUAGGCCUCAAUGCUUUGCAGGGCAGAUUGCGUUUGUCUGCCUGCAGUUAUGCUUUUAAGGUGCGUGCCCUAAAGAGCGCGGCAUGGCCCAAAGGGCUGCAUGCCAUACCAGCCACCACUUUGAGCCUGAGCACCUUCAAGCAGCUCCGAGCAGGUGCAAUGAAGGGGAUAGGUUUGUCAAAGAUUGUGGAAGGCGUGAUGUUGUCCAAGAUGUCCUUGCGCAGUUUGCACAUGGACUCCUACAAAGUGCUGUCAGAGCUGAGCUCUAUGCGAUAUUGCGGGCCCUUGAAUUUGCACGUGCUUGCUCAUUUCAUGUCACACUGUGGUCCGACUGCCACUCGGUUGUGUGUAGACUUAGGACGGAAUACCAACAUCCAUGUUCGUAAAGUUGCGGCGCAUCAAGAUAUCUCCAAGGUGACGUGCCCAGAAGCGCAGUGGAUUGUCCGCCAUAACCGAUUGGCAGACAGAGAGGCUGUUGCUGCCAAUUUCAGGUUGGACGCCAUUGAUCGUUGGUUUUACUCGUGUUGCCCCUUUGCGUUUCGACGGCAAUCAAAGGCAGUUGAUUCCUUACCGUUUGUGUUUGACAUCGACGGUGUUGAUAAGGUGGUGCUCACGAGUUUGGACUAG